UAUAACUCUCAUACCUCCCCACCUAUCGUUUUCGGAUAUGGCUUCCGCAGAACUCGAGUACCGGUGCUUCGUCGGAGGGCUUGCCUGGGCCACCGAUGAACGUGCUCUCGAAGAAGCCUUCAGUGUGUACGGCGAGAUCAUCGAAUCGAAGAUUAUUAAUGACCGUGAGACUGGAAGAUCCAGGGGUUUUGGAUUUGUCACUUUCCGUGAUGAGAAAUCCAUGAGGGAUGCUAUUGAAGGUAUGAACGGUCAAAAUCUUGACGGAAGGAACAUCACUGUCAACGAAGCUCAGUCACGUGGUGGUGGUGGAGGCGGUCGCGGUGGAGGAUAUGGAGGGGGCGGAGGAGGAUAUGGAGGGGGUCGUGGUGGUGGUGGUGGAUAUGGUCGUCGUGAAGGAGGAUAUGGUGGAGGUGGAUAUAGGAACGGCGGAGGAUACGGAGGUGGACGGCAAGACGGUGGAUAUGACGAUGGCGGAUCUCGUUACUCAAGGGGAGGUGGAGAUAAUGAAGGCAGUUGGAGGUCUUAGGUUUGAAGGGUUAGCACUUGUGUGGGGUUUUUAUGGCUUGCUUUUGGGUUUUUUGGUUGUUGCGUUUUGGAUUGCUAGUGUUUUGUUAUGCUGUUUGAGAUGUUGUGCGACAUAAAAGUGGAAUGAAGUAUACUAUUAUCUUCUUUUCAAU